AUGAAUAUCCUAUACAUUAGUUUUUUUUUCCUUGGAAUUUUUCAUUUUUAUAAAACUGCUAGUAUAAAUGAAGUUAGUAACACAUUAAUAAACGAAAAACAAAAUAUAGAUAAUUCUGAACCCGCAGGACAAAAAACUAGUAGUACUGUUAAUUCUGAAAAUGAAGGAAAUAACGACUUAAAAUCUUUAGAAAAUAAAGAUCCUUCUAAUGAUGCAAUAUAUCAUAAUCCUUUACCUAAAAAUACUCCCAAUAGUGCACAACCAAAAAUAAAUAAAAAAGGUGAUAAUAAUAAUUGUGAGCAAUCAGAAGAUAAAAAAAAUACAACUAAUUCAAAGAAAGAUACAAAACCACAUCAUAAUCAAGCUGAGAAUAAAAAGAUAAUUCCAGUUAAACCACUUCCUAAAAAUGACACUCAUAAAUCAACAAACCCAAAAGAGAAAGAUGAAAAAGAUGCCAUGAGAGAAAAAAGUGAAGCACAAAAAAAUGAAAGUAAGGUGGUAAAUAAUGAGCAUCCCAAAAAUGAGGGAGCUAAACCGUCAAAGCACAAACGAAAAAAAAAUAGAAGGGGGGAUAGAUACAACACGGUGAAGGGAAUUAAUACAAGUGAUAUUGCGAAAUACAAUUUGGACACCCUUAAGGAAAAAAGCGAAGAGAUUGAAAAGCAGAAUACAUCUGUAGACGAUCAACCUUUAAAUCUGAUAAAAAAAAAAAUAUAG